AUGGAAUCACCUCCACCUUGCGGCCCAACUCUCCCCUUUGCGUCUUCACCCACUAUCAACGGAAAGAAGCGUGUCCUGUCGGACUCGGAGGACCUUGAGGAGCCAGAGGUCAAACAUCGUCACAGGAGACCGCCCACGUCUCCUCUCCCCGAGCUGCAAGCAACAGGCAGCUCCUUGCAAGUGCUUUCCACGAAUUCAUGCGCAGAAGAGAUCCGUCAGCCGUCAGCAGGUCCAUCGACGGCGUCCUCAGAAACCCUUACUUCUGGAGGCGACAGGACGGCAUCUCCUCAGGCUGAACCCUCAACACCAUUAAAGCUUUACAAGGGAAAGACGAAGGCCAUAUCUGACGACGGUACCAAGGAUGGGAGUCAGAAACAUACUGUGCUGCAGCAGACCCUCGAGCAAAAGUCGAAGCUUCUCCAACGCCAUGAGAAUAUUGUCACCUCAUUCCAACAAUCGCUGUCCUGUCAAAUCUGCUUGGAUCUCAUGCACCGGCCGUUCGCGCUCUCUCCAUGCGGCCAUUCUGCUUCUCCUCCCCCGGACUUUCAUCCAGACGAACUGCCCCCUGUCUGGCUACGCAAGAAGACAUGCCCUCACUGUCGAACUGUCAUCACGGAAGCACCGAUCGAAGUAUGGGCAGUCAAGGACAUGGUUGCCACUCUGGUCAAGAGCGGCCUGGUUACCCUUCCUGCGGACUCCGAAGAAAGGGCUGCAGGCGAAGUGGAUCCCGACCCAUGGAAGACAAUCUUCCAGUCCCAUCGCCACGAACGUGCAAACGACUACCGCGACCUGGUCGGCAUUCGCGACGAUGAGGACGGCGGCAUCUACCGCUGUGUGGACUGCUACCACGAGAUCGAAGACGGGGUAUGCACGCACUGCGCCCGCGACUACGCGGCGCCCGGUCAAGUCCCAGAGGUGUUCGGAGACGACUAUUACGACGACGACGACGACGACGACCUGGACGACGGUGACGAGGUCGACGAGUUUGUUGACGGCGUUCUCUACGACGGCCCUGUGCUCAACAUCGAUGCUGGAAUCUUUGACCUCUUCGGCCACAUGUUCGGUCCCGACCCGUACCCCGCUCCACGUGCAUUCGCUCGCGAUGACCAGAUCGAUCUCACCGAAGACUCGGACACCGGGGAGCACAACGAUUCGGCGGACGAAGGAUAUGAGGACAGCUUCAUCGACGACGGGGAGAUCGAGGAGCGCCGGCGUGACCGCGAGCGUCGGGAUAUCAUCAAUAUCGACGAAGAAGAGGACGAAGGGGAAGGCGAACACCAACACGACGAAGAUCAGUCCGAUGUCGAGUUUGUGGGCUUCGGAGGACGGCGGCCGAGGCGUCUUGCUCGUGGUCCUGUCGUUCUCUCGGACGAAGAUGAGGACGAGGCUCUGUCUGACGAGCUUAGUAAAGGCGAAGUUGACGAAGUCGACGAAGAUUACGUGGAGAUGUACGGAGACGAUGGAUCCCUGCCUGCGCGCGAUUCUCGCUACUCUCCGUAUGAUGAUGACUCCGAAGACGAAUACGCGUACUGA